AGCUGGAGGUGACAGUCUGAGAGGAGGAGCGGCAGGAAGAGCUCUGCGCCGCCGCUGCAGUGAACCAGCGGUCAGCCUGUCACCGCAGUUUGAAGAACCAAACCCGAGUUUCCAGGUUGGACUUUAAAAAAAACAAACUCUAUCCUAUCCCCGAGCUCCCGGUUGGAUCCGCCCGCGGAGGGAGGAGGUGGACGGCUCAGGAACACAGAAACAGUAUCAUGGCUGCCAUGUUUACCGAGCUGCCCUCCUAGACUUCCUUCAUAUCUAGACACACAUAUAUAAUCAUCCCUGGAAUCCACACAAGCACACUCACUUUUGAGUUGUGGUGUGUGUGUGUUUGUGUGUGUAUAUGCGAGGGAUGACAACCUCCCAUCUGAAUGGCCAUGUUGCUGGGGAGGGAGAGGGAGGAGGAGGAGGAGAUGAUGAGCUGAGGGGAGGACAACAGCACAGAGAAAUGGCCAUCGACUGUCCAGGAGAGCUGGGGGGUCGGAUGCUACCGCUCCGACGUUCUGCACAGCUGGAGAGGAUACGACAACAUCAGGAGGACCUUCGGCGUCGUAGAGAGGAGGAGGGUCGGCAGCUUGACCUGAACGCCUCACUCAGGCUCAGGAAGCUCUCCCAGAAUCCCCACAUUGGCAUCGACAACCCCACAUUUCUGGAAGACGCAUACAUACCGCAGCAGACACCGCUCAGCAGCCAGCACGCACAUGCACUGCUGGAGUUGGAGGAGUUGUUGCUGUCACUGAAGCAGGUCCGAGGCUGCCUGUCCGACCAGCAGAGUCAGAAUGACAUAGAGCUGGUACUUGCACUACUAAACAAGUCUGACUUCCAGUCAGCGCUGAAGAUCCACAAUGCUGUGGCCACCAGCAUGCACCGACCCUCUCCUCCAUACCCACACACACACCAGGCACUUCAACUGGCCAUGGAGGUCAGAAAUCUCACCCAGUCAAGUCAGAACAAGGAGGGACUGGAACUCCACAGCCUGCUGUCAGACACACACAUCCAGUCAUUGCUCCUGGCCCAUGACAGCAUAGCAGAGACGGAAAUGCAGCCCGAAGCACUGCCUGCCGAGGGAGAAACACUGACCCAGUGGGGAGGAGAGACUGUCAAGAUCGUUCGCAUAGAGAAGGCCCAAGAUAUACCACUGGGAGCAACUGUGCGUAACGAAAUGGACAGUGUCGUGAUUAGUCGCAUUGUUCGCGGCGGAGCAGCUGAACGGAGUGGACUGUUAUCAGAGGGAGAUGAAAUCUUAGAGAUCAACGGCAUUGAGAUAAGAGGGAAAGAUGUCAACCAAGUCUUUGACAUUCUUGCGGACAUGCAUGGCCUACUGACCUUUGUCCUGAUUCCCAGCAAUCAGAGCAAACCUCCCCCUGUCAAAGAGAGUGUGAUCCAUGUGAAGGCUCAUUUUGACUAUGACCCCUCAGAUGACCCUUAUGUGCCAUGCAGAGAGCUGGGCCUGUCCUUCCAGAAAGGAGACAUUCUCCACAUCAUCAGUCAGUCAGACCCCAACUGGUGGCAGGCCUACAGGGACGGAGAUGAGGAUAACCAGCCGCUAGCUGGACUGGUACCAGGAAAGAGUUUUCAGCAGCAGAGAGAAGCCAUGAAACAAACCAUAGAAGAAGACAAGGAGCCUGAGAAGCCUGGGAAGCUGUGGUGUGCAAAGAAGAACAAGAGGAAGAGAAAGAAGCUGUUGUACAACACUCACAAGAAUGAUGAUUUUGAUAAUGAGGAGAUUCUCACCUAUGAGGAGAUGGCUCUGUACCAUCAGCCAGCCAAUAGGAAGAGGCCUAUUGCACUGAUUGGUCCAACCAGCUGUGGACAGGGAGAACUUCGGCAGAGACUCCUCAACAACCAACCAGAACGUUUUGCUGGAGCUGUACCUCACACCACGAGAAGCCGUAGAGAAGGAGAGCUGAGUGGCCGAGACUACCACUUUGUGUCUCGUCAGACGUUUGAGGCAGAACUGGCAGCUGGGAAGCUGAUCGAAUCUGGUGAGUUUGAGAAGAACUUGUACGGGACCAGUACAGACUCAGUGAGGCAGGUCAUCAACACUGGAAAGAUCUGUGUGCUCUGUCUGCACACACAGGCUCUAAAGGUGCUGAGGAGUUCAGACUUGAAGCCUUACAUCAUCUUUAUAGCUCCACCCUCCCAGGAAAGACUCCGCGCCCUGUUGGCUAAAGACAACAAGAACCCCAAGCCCGAGGAGCUGCGGGACAUCAUCGAGAAAGCGCGGGAGAUGGAGCAGAGCUGUGGUCACCUGUUUGAUGCCGUCAUCGUCAACACAGACCAGGACAAAGCCUACACUGAGCUGCUACGACUCAUCAACAAACUGGACACUGAACCUCAGUGGGUGCCCUGCUCUUGGCUGCGCUGAAAACACACACAUCGUUCACAGAACCCAUUUCUGCACAUUUCUCAAACUGGACCUGGUUUUACACAGUGUGCUGUGUUGACGUUUAUGACAUAACAUUAGGGUUGAUGUAAGCAAAAAGAGGAAUGAGGAGAUUUUGAGAAUAAAGUUGUAAUAUUAGCAG